AUGAUCCCUAUCCCGAGGAAACAAACCGUUCCCGAGAUUGAGACGCCAGAGAACGUGACCCGGCAGCCAUAUCACAUGAAUCCGUCUCGGAACAUCGCCGCUGAGGUCCGUCGCCGACUAGAUUCAGAGCUCCAAGACGGCACGCACCCAACGACCGAAGCUCUGGUUCCCUUAGGAAUGCGAUUCCUCAGAAUUCUCGGCGCGGGGACCCAAGGGACGGCCGUUCUGUUCGAGAUGGACGAGGCUGAUGGUACAACAAAAAAGGUCGUGGCCAAAUAUGACACGUCGGGAGAGGAUGACGAUGAAGAUGGGUUACUUGAGGAGAAAGAGUUGAUGAGAGCGAUGGUUGGAGCAAGACAUAUCAUUCAGAGGCAGUUCAUACACGGUUACGAUGUUGCAGUGGAUGAAGAGAACUAUUACGACGACCCAAACAUGUACUUGAUGGAAUUUAUGUAA